AUGGUUCGAUAUUUAUUGUCUCAUAGAGUACGACAUGUGAAGUCUAUUGCUAUCCAUAAUAUUUCUCUCAUUAAGAAAGGCAUUUCUAAUCCAAUAAAAAGUAAUGAAAUUAAUACUAAUUUGUUUAUGACAGUGCCAUGUUUCUUCAUUGUAGAAACACUUGACGGUGACUGUAUCUAUAUUAGUGAGGUUCAGUCGUACUCUUCUAGAUGUUUACAAUUCAAUGAAUUACCGAAUUUUGACUGCAGCUUGUCUGGUAUUAAUUUGAAAAUAGUUUGCAAACUACCUUCUGAAAUUCUUACAAUAACUAGUAAGAAAGAUACUUGGUGUAUUUUAAAAGAAAUUGUGAUCGAUUUAAAUCGGUUAAGACCCAUAACUGAUAAAGAUGCUAUUCAAAGUGUGAAUAUGCCAUCUUUUGAAUUAUGUGACGGUAUUUAUACUUUAGCAAACGUUAAGUUAUUGAAUCUUCACAAUUCUACAAAAAGGGGGCAUAUCAGAUCUAAAAGUAGUAUGAAAAUAAAAGAGGUGAGUUCAUUUAAUUCUUUAUUAAAACUCAAUAAAGCAUUAGAUUAUAACAAACAAAUAAAUGAAGAAAAACAGGAAUUCGCUAAUAGGUCAGAAAGUUUGAUUGGAAAUGUGGAUAAGAAGGAAAUGUGGAAUAUACAAGAGUUAAAAAUGUAUAUUAAGCAAAUAAAGGAAAGUAUUGAAAAAAAAAACUCUAUACGAGAGCACUUAGAAGAGGUUUUAGGAGCAAAUUUAAAUAGUAGAGUAAUAUCCACGUCAUCAAUGGAAAAUGAAGUGGAUUAUGACUAUGGCAAUAAAUCAUCCAAAUUAAUUCAUAUCAAUAAUCGUCUCCGAAUAUUUAAUCUCCUACGAUUUGAACAAUUGAUAAAUAUUUUUUACUAUUCAAAACUAUUUGAAUCAAAUACAAAACUAAUAACUAUAAGAGAUUUCACCGUUUCAGGUGAAAAUUUAUAUGAUCGAAUACACUUUCAUCUGUUAGACACCAAAAAGAUAUUGAAAUUGUUGAAUCAUUCAAAUGAAGAUAAAAAUUAUAUAAAUAUCCAUUUAGGAUAUUAUCUUUUGUUCGUUAAUUUGCUGACAACUACAAUUUGGAACAUCCCGAUGCCUUAUCAAAUGAAAUAUGUUGGUAAUCGUUCUUUAAUUAACAGAAACUACCCUUUAUAUUUCCCUGAAAUGAUAAAUGAAUCAAAUGUAGAUUCUUUUGUCAAAGGAAUGUCAUUUUUUAAUAAGAACAUAAUUCAGGUACGGCAAUAUUUAAAGUAUAGAUGA